UAUCGGAUUUCUUGCGCUAUCUUCUGCAUUCGCCACAUGAUGGCUAUUGGUUUUUGUUUACUCUUUUGCAAGCAAAAUGUGCGAUGUGAACUUAUUAACGUUGCCCUUGCAUUUGGUGGAUAACAAUGAUCUGGAGCCACAACGCUGCUAUUUACCACAAUGUGUGUCCGACAUUAAAGCUAAAGGCUGGUCCCGAUGCUGGUUUUCCGAUGGCAGUCAUUCAAUUUGUUGGGUCAGUCAAACUCGUGCGGGCAGCGAGACCUGUUGCUUCUUGGACAGCAUGGUCAGUUCUAAGCCCCAGCUAGUUGUGACCAAUCAGCAUCUAACUCGAGUGGAACCCCUUUUAUUGGCCACAGAAAAUGUCGAUAAAGUUGGCUGUGUACUGACCAUAAGCGAGAGAUUCCUGCAAACAAACACACACAUUUCUGUGGAUGAACUACGAGAGGAUUUACGCAUAUUUUUGCGUCAUCUUAAACUAACUAAAAAUUGUCACGUACAGCACGAACGGCUGCAAACGAUAGGCAUAGCCAGUGUGGAAAUAUUUAAUGUUCCUGGCCUGCAGGAGAGCGAAAUUUUUGAAAUUAACGAGAAGACUCCUCUGCUCGUAGUGGAUAUCAAAUUGGAAAUGCCAAUGGCGUUACGCGAACAUACUAAAUAUCUAAGCUAUAGCUUCGAGGCGGUCAUGGAGGCAUUGGAGGAGCAGUUAAAUUUAUCCAAGAGAAAGUAUUCAUCGAAAAUCCUGCUAGUUGGUCCCACGGGCUGUGGCAAGAGCACUAUACUAUCCGAAUUCUUGGAUCGCCAACAAGCCAAUUGUUUUUAUGUCACAGCCUCCAAAGUGCUACGAUCAUAUCCUGGCGAAACAGAAGAGGAAUUAAGAAGAGUUUUCCAUGCAGCUGAGAGUUUUCAACAGAAACUGCGCCCGAAAUUACCUAUUAUACUGGUCCUGGAAGAUCUUGAACUGCUUUGUCCAGCUUCUACCAAAGAAUCCAACAACUCGCUACGCAUCUCUGCUGAACUUUAUAGAUUAGUGGACAAUCUGCCACCAGGAAUCUUGUGCCUAGCUAGCACAAGUUAUCCAGAUUCACUGCAUGAGCAGGCUCGCAGGGCUGGGAGAUUUGGUCAAGAGAUCUCUAUACAAAUGCCCAAUGAGCAGCAGCGAAGACAAAUUUUUCAGGAUCUGCUCUGCGAUUUAAUGUUGUCGGGCAAUUCACUCGAGCAUUUGGCUAGAAAUACACAAGGUUAUGUACUGGCCGAUAUGGCAUUGUUAGCUCGUCAAAUUCACCAGCAAAUGGUUAAGAAAAACUUCUCCGAAUUGGAACACACUAUAAAGGAAUUAUUGCUAGCUCAUCAACCAAACGCCUCUCGAUCCACGGAUGUACGUGUUGUGAAGAUGUCCGAUGGAUUUGAGAUUAUAGGUGGCAUGGAGUCUCUCAAGAAAACUCUUAGAGUCACGGUUCUAGCGGGUUUAAGCCAAUCGGCUGCUUUUGCCCGUUUCGGCUUAAGUUUGCCCAAGGGAGUUUUGCUUUACGGUCCACCUGGAUGUGCCAAAACUACCGUAGCAAAGUGUUUGGCGAAGGAGGCAAGCAUGACAUUUAUAGCCACAUCAGCGGCAGAAGUAUAUUCCCCUUAUGUGGGUUGUGCAGAGAGAUUCAUAUCUAGGAUAUUUGAUACAGCUAGAAAGAAUGCUCCAUGUUUGAUUUUUCUUGAUGAGAUUGAUUCACUUGUUGGACGUCGUACGACUACAAGUGGAGGGACUGGAGGAAGCGGCCAAGUUCAAAUGAGAAUUCUUUCCACAUUACUCACCGAAAUGGAUGGAAUUAUUGGCGGACAAAAUCAGCAUCAUAUAUUGGUGGUGGCCGCCACAAAUCGUCCAGAUAUGAUAGAUGAUGCCCUAAUGCGUCCCGGACGUUUUGAUAAGCUCAUUCAUGUUCCUGCUCCAGAUUUGGAAUCUCGUGUAGCGUUGCUUAAAUUACAAGCGAAACGUAUGCCAUUUCAUUGCGAUGUGAAUCUAGAGAAUAUAGCUCAGCUUACGUCGCGCUAUUCUGGAGCCGAUUUGUGUAAUCUCUGCAAUGAGGCUGCCAUUGAGUCUAUCCAAAGAGAUUUCGAUGCUACGGCAAUUGAGUGGCAGGAUUUUGAAAAUGUCCUGAACAGACAGAAAUCAUCGCUGACUCAAGCGCAAAUCGAUGCUUAUUAUAAGUUUGCUUAUAAAUUUCUGUAAUAAAAUUGACAUUUGACGUUUUUGAUAA